UCUCCUCCCUGUCCUCCCUCUCCUCCCUGUCCUCCCUGUCCUCCCUCUCCUCCCUGUCCUCCCUCUCCUCCCUCUCCUCCCUGUCCUCCCUCUCCUCCCUCUCCUCCCUGUCCUCCCUGUCCUCCCUCUCCUCCCUGUCCUCCCUCUCCUCCCUCUCCUCCCUGUCCUCCCUCUCCUCCCUCUCCUCCCUGUCCUCCCUCUCCUCCCUCUCCUCCCUCUCCUCCCUGUCCUCCCUCUCCUCCCUCUCCUCCCUGUCCUCCCUCUCCUCCCUCUCCUCCCUGUCCUCCCUGUCCUCCCUCUCCUCCCUGUCCUCCCUCUCCUCCCUCUCCUCCCUGUCCUCCCUCUCCUCCCUGUCCUCCCUCUCCUCCCUCUCCUCCCUGUCCUCCCUCUCCUCCCUGUCCUCCCUCUCCUCCCUCUCCUCCCUGUCCUCCCUGUCCUCCCUCUCCUCCCUCUCCUCCCUCUCCUCCCUGUCCUCCCUCUCCUCCCUCUCCUCCCUGUCCUCCCUCUCCUCCCUCUCCUCCCUGUCCUCCCUGUCCUCCCUGUCCUCCCUGUCCUCCCUCUCCUCCCUGUCCUCCCUGUCCUCCCUGUCCUCCCUGUCCUCCCUCUCCUCCCUGUCCUCCCUCUCCUCCCUCUCCUCCCUCUCCUCCCUGUCCUCCCUCUCCUCCCUCUCCUCCCUGUCCUCCCUCUCCUCCCUCUCCUCCCUGUCCUCCCUGUCCUCCCUCUCCUCCCUGUCCUCCCUCUCCUCCCUGUCCUCCCUCUCCUCCCUCUCCUCCCUGUCCUCCCUCUCCUCCCUCUCCUCCCUGUCCUCCCUCUCCUCCCUCUCCUCCCUCUCCUCCCUGUCCUCCCUCUCCUCCCUCUCCUCCCUGUCCUCCCUGUCCUCCCUGUCCUCCCUGUCCUCCCUGUCCUCCCUCUCCUCCCUGUCCUCCCUCUCCUCCCUCUCCUCCCUGUCCUCCCUCUCCUCCCUCUCCUCCCUCUCCUCCCUGUCCUCCCUCUCCUCCCUCUCCUCCCUCUCCUCCCUGU